GUGGUUUGAUAUGGUUUCUUUCCACCAGUGGCCCACGACUCGUUAGACACGCACGCCAGCCCGCGUCUUCAUUUCUGCGCGCCCGCAGUCCCACGCAAUGGAUGAGUACUGUUUAUGAAGCAUAACAGAACUCCACCGAGAAGUUUUAACUGGGAAGAUCUACUUUUUUUUUUUUUUUUUUUAACUACCUGUACUUUUCCUCCAAAGGUAGGCUCGCCGGUUAACGCAGAGUGCGCGCAAAACAAGAAAUGCGUAAAACGGCUGAGGUGGAAGCUGAGAAAACUGAAGCAUGAGGCUGAGGAUGUGGGGGGGUACACCACUGAGCAACAGGGCUGCAAGUUUCCUGAGUUUGGAGUUUUGAAGAAGGCGCAGCGAGAGAGGCAAGUGUUAAUGCUGCACGCUGGAGCCGUCCUGCAGGAUUCACUACACUGUACUGAUUGGCACAUCAGCGUUGGCUCACCGUAUUCGUCUUAAAUAAAAACUUUAUGAACUUUCAGUCAGAGAGUAAAUCUCCAUGCAGGACAGUACAAACAUCUGCAAAGAAAAAACACUGGAUCCAAAUUAAACUGCAGCUCUUUAUUUCAGAUAUUUCGGCUGCCCAUCUCCGCUCCGUUUCCCUUCAUUUUUGCAAUUCUGAUUCCCGAAGUGGCUCCGAAGUGGUGUUGCGGCUCCUCGUCCCCGGCGGAUCCGGAGAUUGGAGUCUCUGCACCGGGAGGAGGCGGAGUCGGAGUUCCGACCACACCGCAGGCUCCAAAGAGCGGUCGCGUCAAGAGGAUGGUGCGACUGGUGGCCGAACUGCUCUUGCUCCUGGGACUUCUUCUCCUUACCUUGCACAUCACAGUGCUGCGGAGCAACCCGCUUCCCCAAGGAAAUGUAACUCUGAGCCUGGAUCAGGGGACAACACUUACAGAGAACAAUAUAAAUGCAAAAAGCAGCUCCUCGGCCCAGCUGGCCCCUCAAGACCGGAGGUCUGGUCCAGAACAUCGAUUGGCCCAUCGGCCCGCAACCCUCCCGUGGACACAGGGCGGCCAUGUACACAAGGAUGGCCCGGGGGCUUUCCUCCUAGAUCUGCACAACUUUCCUGACCUCUCCAAAGCUGACAUCAACGGACAGAAUCCCAACAUUCAGGUGACCAUUGAAGUGGUGGAUGGACUGGAGGGCCACGAACCAGAAAAAGGCCUCCGCAAGGAAAGCAAGCCCAGCUGGGCUUCUCCAAACUGGAGGAACUGGUGGCCUCACACUUCUUCGUCCUCCUCCUCGUCUUCCUCCACUCAUCAAACAGAGGAGAAUGAACGCCCCUACGGGAGCAAUACUCAGGACAGCAACUUCCUCAGGCCACCAGUAGACUGGGACAGGAGGGGAAGCAAAUCUCAAACUGAAUAUGACUACAUAGAUGGAGAGGGGGACUGGAGUCCCUGGUCAGCAUGCAGCGUCACUUGUGGAAACGGAAACCAGAAGAGAACAAGGUCAUGUGGUUAUGCCUGUACAGCCACCGAGUCCAGAACCUGUGACAUGCCCAACUGCCCAGGUAUUGAAGAUGCCUUCAGGACAGCAGCUACUGAAGUGAGCCUGUUAGCUGGAACAGAUGAGUUCAAUGCCACAGAGCUCUUUGGUGUCGACACUGACAGCUGUGAGCGCUGGAUGAACUGCAAAAGUGAUUUCUUGAAGAAAUACAUGACUAAGGUGGCAAACGACCUUCCCAGCUGCCCUUGCUCUUACCCGACUGAGGUGGCUUACAGCACAGCAGACGUAUACGAUGCCCCCACACGCAGAAACUUCCGCUGGAAAGACGCCAGCGGGCCCAAAGAGAAGCUGGAGAUCUACAAGCCCACAGCCCGUUACUGCAUCCGCUCCAUGCUGACCCUUGAAUCCACCACGCUGGCUGCGCAGCACUGCUGCUACGAUGACAACAUGAAGCUCAUCACCCGCGGCAAAGGAGCCGGCACGCCCAAUCUCAUCAGCACAGAGUUCUCAGCUGAUCUGCACUACAAGGUGGACAUCCUGCCUUGGAUCAUCUGCAAGGGAGACUGGAGCCGCUACAACCAGGCCAGGCCGCCAAACAAUGGGCAGAAGUGUCCAGAAAACCCUCAGGACGAAGACUACUACAAACAGUUUGAAGAGGCACGGGAAUUCUAGCCCACAAAAACACUGCCUAUAUAUCCAGCUAAACCUCAGAAGUGGCCCUGAAACUUUUUUUAUUCUGUUUUAGGUCAAUUAACUCGUGAACUUUUAGGCUUGGAGGAAAGAUAUGCCGCUCUUUUGAACCACAAGGAACUAUAAUUUAACAGAGUCAGAACCAAUUUUCUGCUCACGAGGAACUUCUCUCAACUUCAUCAAAACCAGGCAUGAAAUACUGCUUCUUUUUUUUAUUAUUUUUGUACACUUUUAAUAAAUGAAAAUGAAAUGUUGCCAGUAAUUAUGUUGCCAAUUGUAACUCUGUCAGAUUUGGUUACUAAAGGGAGGACUGACUUCAUAUUAAAAGGGAAAACUGUUAUUGUAGAAAUGUCCAUGUAGAUUGUGUUGGGUUUGGUGGCGUCUGAGAGAGACGUGUGGUAACAGAAUAAUGAGACCCCUCAGGAACGAGUUACCCAGUUUUCCUAAAUUUUGUCAUUCACAGUUAUCCAGGUUUUCAUGUACGCUUGAUUGUUUAUUUAGCAUGCACACUUUUUCAUUUUCAUUCAUUUACCUGUGUAAUUUAACUGUGUGUCUCUGAGGCAGAUCUUCAUUGCAAAAAGCCAGCGUUAUUUUUGUAAAGUAUUUAUUAAGUUGUAGCUGAGUUUAAGUUGAGUGUCUGUGGCUGGUUUCUGAUUCACACGUGGCCGAAGUCGAGAUUCCUCUCCAACUCAUACUUUGCCGUCAGUGUGCGUAUCCAUGACUCAAGUUAGGCUUAAAUAGAGCAGAAAGAAUGUGUGAACUCAACUGUACAGAACCAUUUUUUUUUGUUGUUGUUGUUUUUAGAUAUAAAUCUAUAAAUAAAUGUUUAAAAAGUCAGUGAAUGUGUUAGAUGU